CCGGACUCAACAACAUGUCUACGCGUCGUCCACUCCAGGCACCAGCAGAGGUUGGGUUAACUCCGCCCUCCCGGGGAGCGGUGCCUGCAGGACCCGUCACCCAAAUCAAACAACCACCUGGAUUGGUCACAACCAGUCGGUCCUGUAACACACACCAGCCCAUCCCAGCUCGUACAGAUCAACCACGUGAGGGCUUGGGGCAUUUUUAAUGAAUGAAAACUAACACCCCAGAACUUCUGAAAAGCCCAGACACUGGAGUGUUGUAGGUGUUGUAGCCACUCGAGGCCGAUAGGGGGCAGCAGAUGGCCCCUCUCCCCUGCCUCCCUGCUUCAUGUGACACUGAUCUGUCACAGUGCCUCACCAGCACCGACAAGUCUGAGAACUUCCCCCCCCCUGGUUCACUCUGAUAACAUGUCUGUGUACAGGAAUGCCAUCUGGUUUCUGAACGGAGUCCACCACUACACAAGGAAGGGGUAUGAGGCAGCUUCCAAGGACUUCCAUCCCCAGCAGCUAGACGUGUCUGUCGUGGGACGGUCCUUCAUGGUCACCGGAGCCAACAGUGGGAUCGGCAGAGCGACAGCCAUGGCAAUAGCCAAGAGAGGUGGGACCGUGCACAUGGUGUGCAGGAACAAACAGAAAGCAGAGGAGGCCAGGUUGGACAUCGUCAAUGAGUCUGGGAAUACGGAGGUACACAUCCAUGUUGUGGACAUGUCAGAGACACACAAAGUGUGGGCGUUUGCAGAGGCCUUCAAGAAGCAGUAUUCAUCGUUGAACGUGUUGAUCAAUAACGCAGGCUGCAUGUUGCACAAGAGAGAGGUAAACGCUGAGGGACUGGAGAAGAACUUUGCCACCAACACUAUGGGGGUUUACAUCCUCACCCAGAGCCUCAUACCACUUCUACAGAAGAGCCGGGACCCAAGAGUGAUCACUGUGUCCUCGGGAGGUAUGUUGGUCCAGAAGCUCCGAGCGGAUGACUUGCAGUCAGAGAGGGGAUCCUUUGAUGGCGUCAUGGUCUACUCCCAGAACAAGAGACAGCAGGUGGUGCUGACACAACAGUGGGCCAAAGCCAACCCCACCAUUCACUUCUCUGUGAUGCACCCAGGCUGGGUGGAUACACCAGCUGUUUCCACGUCAAUGCCUCAGUUCCACCAGAUGAUGGGGCAGAGGCUGCGCAACGUGGAGCAAGGAGCUGACACUGUUGUAUGGUUGGCCUUGUCUCGAGCUGCAGCCAGAACAUGCAGCGGGCUGCUCUUUCAAGAUCGUAAACCUAUCGCUGCCCACCUGCCUCUGGCCUGGACUCACAGUUCUCCUGACGACGUUCAGAGUUUCAUGACUCAGCUGGAGACUCUGGCCAGAGCUGCUCAGUCCCAACCAGAUCCAGAGCCUCAGCUCCCUGACGGUUCUCUGAACCCCUCGACAAUUACCACUCCUCAAGUCAUCUGAAUUCAACUGCAUCUAUUGCACUAUAUGAUAUAAAAUGAUUACUAACAAUAAGAUCAGAUACUGGAAAAUGUGACAUAUAUCAUGUUUAGCUCAAUGUACUUUCUAAUGAUGCUUUUCACACUACAGACAGGUGGCUCAGUGUCCCCUGAUUUUAGCCGUGUUAACUGCUCUAUAUUAGCACUGGAAGUCAAAUAUUGAUUUAAUCAGUAAUUGCUUGAAAAUAACAAGUUAGAUGCGUGUAUUAAGUGAGCCUGUAGAUGAUACAAUGGCAUUUGCAUGAUUCUGAUUUCUGACCCACCGUUCUCGGUGCAUUCACUGCAGGUGUCACUGGUGUUUGUUGAAAUUGUGUGUGGAAGCCAAGCUGCACAAUUUCCUUUAUAGCACUGACGAAGUUGUUACAAAUUGGCAUGAAAUAAUUACAAUGAAACAUUAAAAGCAGAGUCUAAUAGAUGCAAUGUGAAAAAUCACUGUCAUCGACACCAUGUAAAAUAUCUGAAUCCUGACAAAGAGCCAUUUCGGGCUUGUAACACAUUUCAUGAUGUAAUAAAUCCUUUUGAGAAGAGCAAAUUUCAGUGUUGAGUUAUUUGGGAGACAAAUUUACAAACCCUGUUUUGGACUCAAAUGUGACAAAUGCAGAAGGUGAGCAAAGCCUUUCCGAGGGAGA